AACAGGUUGCUGCAGACGGUGCGGUGCGCUCACGCCGCACCUGACAGGCGUCAUUCCGGCGCUCCUUCAGACGGAGAAUGAGGUGGAGACCCAAAUGAGCGCUUUCGCUGCUGCCUGUGUGGUGGCCGCUGCCUGGCUGUCAGCCUCCGGGUGACUUGGAUGACUCUGACGGCCGGUUUCGUUGGUGUUCUGACGUCAGUUUGCGCCAACAGCAUGGGUAUAAAAGGGCAUCUCGGAGAGGGGCGCUCCAAGAUCCCGGAGCUGUGCGGAGCUGCCGCUUGACUGGAGGUGGUCAAGAUGCGCGUUUUGAGCUUCACCGCCUGCGUGCUCCUGCAGCUGGCUUCCCUCGGCGUCCUGCACGGUGUCAAAUGGACGUACAAAGGACCAGAAGGAGAACAUCACUGGUCCAAGCAUUACCCUUUCUGUGGCGGCACUUUCCAGUCUCCAAUAGACAUCAAGUCAGAGCUGCUGAGGUUCGAUCCUGCUUUACGACCGAUUGAGGUUCAAAACUACAACCUGGCACCGGAUGAACAACUCACUCUUGGAAAUAAUGGACACUCUUUGCAAAUAUCAUUACCCCCGAAGAUGUAUCUCUCCAGCCUGCGUCAUCGCUACACUGCCGCACAGCUCCACUUCCACUGGGGCUCCUCCAGUCGGCCCGCAGGAUCUGAACACAUGGUGAACAGCAGGCAGUACGCAGCGGAGAUGCAUGUCGUACAUUACAACUCGGAAAAGUACCCCAACAUUUCCAUGGCAGUAGACAAGUCUGAUGGUUUGGCUGUGCUGGGUGUACUGGUUGAGGUUGGGGAUUUCAAUCCUGCCUACGAGCAGUUUCUGAAGUUUAUCAAUGGUAUCAAGUACAGAGAUCAUAAAGUGCAGGUGCCAGGUUUCAACGUCAGAGCGCUGCUACCCACACGUUUGGAUGAGUAUUAUCGCUACGAUGGGUCACUGACGACCCCGCCGUGUUAUCCGAGCGUGCUGUGGACAGUUUUCAAAAACCAUGUCACCAUUUCUCAGAAACAGUUCCUGGCGUUAACAACAGCCCUCUACUCGUCCAAUGCCCAGGACUCAGUGGCUAUACCACUGCACAGCAACUUCAGAAAAACACAGCUAAUAGACAGCCGAGUAGUCCUGGUGUCGUUUAAGGAAGGCAGAGGACUGCAUGGUACUCUUACAGUCUCACCACCAAUCACGAGGAAGCAAGUUGUUCAGCAGCUGCUGGCUGGCGACCUAGGAGACUUGGCAGACGAAGGGCUGUAUCAGCUCCUACCAAGUGGUUCACAGACACUCCGGGCUGGCAAGAAGAAAGAUCCCAUGAAGCGGCAGAGUGUGACUCUGGCCAAACCAAAACAGCAAACUAAGAGUCCAUCUCUUUGGAGGAAGAGCCAGACCAACCGCUAUGUGGGAAAGCUAGGAAUGGGUGAAAACACGCUUUGCUACACUUCACUGGAGCAGAGGGUUUUCAAUCAGCUCAAACAGUCCCACGCUGAAAAUGAGCUGGUCGAAGCUCUCAGGGACUCCGUUUACCCAGAGCUCAACCUCAAGAGCUAUCUGGACUGCAAGUCAGACUUAGCUCUCUCUACCAUCAGACACAUUCUCAGGAGACGUCCAGCUGAUGAGGCUUUGGAGUUGGACCGCUCUCUGACAAAAGCCCUGGUCAAUCAGAGCAAGACUUCCACUGCAACGAAACAAGUGGGAUCAAGGACAAAGCAUGACCGCCUUUCCUCUGCCGCUCAACCGAAACCUCUCAGCCAACGUCAUCCACACCCCUGGCUUUUGCCGAUGGAGUGGGAAGAUUAGAGAGAUUCCGGACAUGGCUCACACAGCCACUUUUGUAGCCAACAACAAUAGUGUCCACAACGAAAGACUGAUUUUUGACCCAUUCCUCUUCUCCAAGCCCAACUUUGCUCAUUGUAUUUAUAAAUAACUUAUUAUGCACUCGCAAAUGAUGAUUAAUAUUUGCAAACCAAUUAAGGACAUGACAGGGUGUGAAUUAUUUUGUUGCAUUUUAACAUCAGCAUUUUGGGUCUGGUUUACCAGGCUAAAUCUGAUUGACAUUUUCUAUUAAAGGCUGCAAAGUUGCGCAGUUGGUAGCGCUGUUGCCUUGCAGCAUGAAGGUUCCAGGUUUCCAUCCCUGGCCUCGGGUCUUUCUGAAUGGAGUUUGCAUGUUCUCCCUGUGCAUAUGUGGGUUCUCUCUGGAUACUCUGGCUUCCUCCCACAGUCCAAAAAAAAACAUGACUAUAAUUGGUCUCUCUAAAUUGCCCUUUGGUGUGCGUGUCCGUGUGUGUGUGUUGGGUUAGGAUCUUGGGUAAGAACUUUGCACCUGUGUUUGUGAGGAUGGCAUAUAGAGAUGCCAAAGGAACUUUUGCACUUCAUGUAAGUUUUUGGUGUUCUCCCAAUUUUUUUUUUUUUUUUUACUUUGUCAUGUUUUUUUUUUUUUUACUUUUCAGUUUCCUCUUAGCAGCAAAGAAGCGAAUGUUAUACAGUGGAAAACUACUCUCAAUAAAAGCUCCACACUCAGAUGAAAAAUGACAAAUCUGUUCCUUUAUUUCACAGUUUAUCACUGAAUAACACAAUAAAAAGGUGUUUUACAAAAAGCAGAUUGGACAGAGUCAGUUUUAUCAAAUCUGAGUUUAAAAAGUUUAAAAAGCAAGAAAUAUUUUGUACAAUUUAUUUCACAUAAACAUUACAUCAUAGCAGAAAAAACGUAUUUCAUAAAUAACUUUCAAACAAAUUCACUUCCACAGUUAGGGGACGUCUCAUUUAAGUUACAGUGCCUUGAAAAAAAAUAUUCCUACCCAUUAAAUUUU